CCUUUUUUAUUAUCUUUUUUCAUCUGACUCAAUCUUUCUUAAAAAUAUGAGUGAUCGACGUGUUUCUGACGAAAGGCGCCGAAGCCCUCCUCGCAGUCGUUCCCGUUCUCGUUCUCCUCUUCAUGAACGUCGUGAAAGCAGAUAUAGAAGCCGUUCUCGAUCAAGAGAUCGAGUAGAUCAAGAAGCUCCUGAUGAAGAUAUCAACCCCGGAGAUAACUUGUUUGUCACAGGAUUAUCUUCAAAAACCUCUAGUGCGCAAUUGGAAGAAAUCUUUUCAAAGCAUGGUGCCGUACACAAAGCUGAAGUGAUGUAUGAUCCGCAUACACGUGAAUCCCGUGGAUUUGGAUUUAUUCAAAUGCAAAGUAAUGAAGAUGCGAAUAGAGCUAUGGAUGCCAUGACUGGAACUGAAGUGGAUGGUCGUAUCAUUACUGUAGAAAAGGCUAAACGUGCAAGACCAAGAACCCCUACUCCUGGAAGAUAUCAUGGUCCUCCUAAACGUGGUAGACGCAUUGACCGUUUCGAUCCUCGCGGUGAUUAUCGAUAUCGUCAUGAUUCUCGUUAUGAUCGUGCUCCUCGUUAUGAUCGCCCAUACGACAGAUAUAUGGAUCGAUAUGAAAUGCCAUAUGACCGUUAUGAACGUGAUCGUUACAGUCGUUAUGAUCGAUAUGAUCGUUAUGACCGUCGUCCACCUCCACCAAGAUAUGAUCCCUAUUCUCGUCCUCGCUCUCCAUAUUAGGCUUCUUUAUGGAUUUAUUAUCACCUUUAUCGCCUUAUUCACUAUUCUCAAUAUCGAUUCUUACUUAUUCUUUUUUCGCCCUUCCCUCUUCUUACUAUCGUCUACUUGUCAUUAUCAUCGCCUACUACUCUUUACACACACAUAUAAAUACAAACUUACAAAAAAAAAAUAUUCAGUAUCCAACAGCAACAACAAUACAGCUUUUUUUUUUUAUUCAACCAAAUCUUCAA